AUGGCGCCCGGACAGGCCUACACGGGGGGUCCGCCUGGACAUGUUCCCCUUGACAACGCCUUUUCCUUCGCUUUCAGCCAGCCUCUGCAGGCGGCUAACGACUACACGCCGCGCGAGCUAAUGCUGCCGCGCAUUGAAGAUGAACGGCCGAUUUUCAUUGACAACAAGACGGACCGCACGCUGAGGUUUGGCCAAAUCGGCAAAGAUGCCCGCGCCGUCGCGGCCGGCCUACUGCGCUUGGGGCUGGACCCCAACGACACUGUCAAGCUUCCCCCGACGGCAUCGUGCCCCGCCGGCCCCGAGAUCGCGCCUGUAGUGCUGAUCCAGCUGCCGAACUGCCUGCCCUACGCACCCAUCCUGUUUGGUGUUCUCGCGUCCGGGCUGACGGCAACCCUCGUGUCGCCCGCGCUGACGAGCGACGAGAUCGCCUGGAUUCUGCAAAAUGCCCGCCCGCGCGCCAUCAUCACGGCGACCGCCUGCCUGCCCGCCAUGCAGGGCGCCAUCGCGAAGCAGGCCGACGCGGCCCGCACCUUCUUUUCGACUGUUCCGCUCUUCACCGUCGACGCGGCCGGCGACCCGUACCCGCAGCCGGCCUCGCCCACCCCGCUCCCGUCCGACUGGCGCGCCCUUCUCGCCCCAGAGCCCAAGCCCAAGCCUACCGUCAACCUGUCCCCCGGCUUCCCCGCAUCCCGCGCGGCCUCCCGCACAGCCGUGAUCCUCUGGUCCUCCGGCACAUCCGGUCGCUCCAAGGGCGUGCUCCUCUCGCACCACGCGCUCAACUUCACCAUCGCCUCGAUGUGGCACGACGCCGACUUCUACCUCGCACGCCCGCAGCGCCAAGUCUGGCUCGGCUACGUGCCCUUCUACCACGUCUUCGGCCUCUGCAACGUGUUCCUCCUCGCCGUAGCCACCGGCACCGCCGUCUACACCAUGCCCAGCUUCCACCUUGAGACCGUCCUCCAGGCCGUGCGUGACCGCGGCGUGACUUACUUCCACAUGGCCCCGCCCGUCGCCGUCAUGCUGGCCAAAGCCGCCGUCGUCGAGCCGUAUGCCCGCAGCGGCGGGUUCAAGACGGUCACGGCGGGGGUCACGGGGGGCGCGCCGUUGGGGCAUGAGGUCAUUGAGGAGGUGUACAAGCGCUGCGGGUUCCGCGUCCGCAUGGGGUAUGGCCUGAGCGAGACUUGCGCUACGGCGCUGCAGGGCGGGUGUGGUGAGAAGGAAAUGCGUGCACACGCGGGGGAUACUGGCGUGCCGCAUUGGGGGGUGGAACUGCUGAUUGCUGCGAAUAGCGGCGAAGGGGUGUACGCGACGAAACCGGGGGAGAAGACCAAAGCUGCGGCGUGGGAUGAGGAAGGGGAAGUCUUGAUCCGUGCUCCCGGACUGCUGCUCGCCUACCUCCCCAUUGGCGUUUUCUCCUUUUCGUCUUCGUCUUCAUCAUCCUCCUCUUCAAAACAACAACAACAACAACAACAACAACAACAACUAGACAUGUCAGUAACGCAAGAAGCCCUCACCGCCGACGGGUGGUUCCGCACCGGCGACGUCGGCGCACUGUCCCCCGCCGGCCGCCUGCGCAUCACCGACCGCCUCAAGGAGCUCAUCAAGGUGCGCGCGUACCAAGUCGCCCCCGCCGAGUUGGAGGCCGUGCUCUGCAGCAGCGAGGCUGUCGCCGAUGCCGGGGUGAUCGGUAUUUAUGACAAGUCGGAGGCGACAGAGUACCCGCGUGCGUUUGUCGUGCCGCGGGCUGCGGGGACGGUUACGGGAGGGGUUGCGAAGAUGUCGCGGGCGGAGUUGGAAGGACUGGCGCAGCAGUUGAAGGUGUUGGUGGAGACGCGGACGGCGAAGUAUAAGUGGUUGGUGGGCGGGAUCGUGUUUGUGGAUCAGAUUCCGAAGAGUCCGAGUGGGAAGAUCUUGCGGCGGCUGUUGAAGGAUGGUGGGGAGGUGGCGAGGGGGGUUGAGUUUAAGGUGUAUACCAAGAAGAGGCGGGAUGCUAAGUUGUGA